UGUUUCACUUUUAUGUUUUUGAAAUCCCAUAUUCCAUAUGUUUAAAUUCCAGUCUUCUCUGAUUUUUAAAAAAUAAUUGUUCAUUUUCCAAUCAGAGAAUUGUUUUCUAAAAAGGGAGAACAUUUCAUAGAGUCUUUCAUUCUUUAUUCAUUGCUACUUUCUACUAGAUAUUUAAUAUUGUAAAGAAAUAAGUGUUCGAAGCCGAUGUUUGGAGGGUCUUCAUCAGCGUUUCAUUUCAAUAUUCUGACAAUUGAAUAAUGUCUUGAUCUUUACGAAAAAUUACUUUCCCAUUUAUGAUAUACCUACCUUGAAUUGAUGUACCUACUUUAUAUUUUAUCAAUUAAAUUUAUGUUUGUUCGCCACUGGAUAAAAGAAAAUUCCAGCGAUUUUAAAAUCUAUCGAGUUUCACAAAUUUGUAAUAUCUUUUUUAUCUUAUUUAAAAUCAAUUUUCCAAUAAAUUUCGGAUGAGCUGAUCUCACUAGCUCACAUACUCCAUGUUUUUUCACAUCCUCAAAUAACUUCCGAGGAGUUAAUAUAGUGCUGCUUCCACUCGGUUCUCAUCAAUUUAAACAUCUGGAAAAAUAAUAUCAGCUUUCACAAUGUCAGAUGAUCACGAGUAUAUCAUGAAAAUGCCAGAUGAAGAACUACCACCGGAACAUGGUUUAGGAUAUGAAUUAUUCCACAAAAUGAAGCUACAUAAAGAUAAAAUUGCACAGUUCAUGGUGGACACAGAUGAAACAGUCACGUACGGUGAGCUUCUGGAAGACACUAAGAGAGUGGCUAUAAAUUUGAAAAAACUCAAACUUGGCGAUGACGACAUUGUUGCAAUUUGUUCAUGGAACAAUAAACAUACUUGUGUUCCUUACAUAGCUGGUUUAUUCAACGGAAGUAUAGUGACAUUCUUGAAUCCACUUGAUGUUCCUAGAGAUAAAGCAUUUAUACUGAAGAAGGUUACACCAAAAAUAUUAUUUGUGGAUGAAGACAAUCUCGAGUGCGUGGAGGAAGCAUUGAGAUUAGGGGAACUCAAUAUCAAAAUCGUCGUUUUUGGUGAGAACAAUAAAGGACAUAUCUCAUUCGAAGAAUUCUCAAGAGCCUCGAAGAAAGAAAUAGAAGAUUUCCAACCAGUAAAAUUAGACAGUAACGACAAGACCGGUAUGAUUAUAUUCAGUAGCGGAACAACUGGGAUAGCUAAAGGAAUAUGCUUUUCUCAUUUCACCAUUCUUUCGCGAACUAGUGGAUUUCCCAUACCUGUUACUCUAGUAUUCACCACACCGAAUUGGAUUUCGUAUGCAAUAACCCUGAUCAGAUCUAUUAGAGACGGUGGUGCAAGAAUAUUGUGUAAACAUUAUGACAUGAGCCAAAUAUGGAACAUGGUCGACAAAUAUAAGGUCUUUAUGGUUGUAGCCACAGCAUACCAGUGUUGUCAAUUCAUCAAAUCUCCUCUUGAAGAUGGCGUCGAUGUUUCGUCAUUGAAGUUAUUGAUGAUUGGUGGAGUAACACUGCCGAAUGAAAUUAAUUUCAGAUUGAGGAAAAUCAUUCCAAACACCCUCAUAGUUCAAACUUAUGGACUGACAGAAUCUUGUGGUAUGAUUUUGGUCUUCGAUUUAGGAAAACCUGAAGAAGUGGAAUGGUUCAAGAACAAACCAGACAGCUGUGGUACACCAAUUACUGGUUGUUGGUAUAAGGUGGUGGAUCCAGAAACUGAAGAAAUUUUGGGUCCUAACAAGCAAGGUGAACUCAGAGUAAAAACAAAACUAGGAAUGGUUGGAUAUUACAAUGAAGAUUCUUCGAAAGACUUCGACUCUGAUGGUUACAUGAAAACUGGUGAUAUUGUAUACUAUGAUAACGAUAGGUGCUUCUAUGUUGUUGAUAGAAUAAAAGAAAUGUUGAAAUAUCAAGGGAACGUAAUCAGUCCCGGAACAUUGGAGAAUGCCCUCACCACCCAUCCUUCUGUUGAAAUAGCAGCAGUGGUCGGUCUACCGCAUUUGGAAAAUGGUGAUAUGCCAUUGGGUGUGGUUAAAUUGAGACCAGGUUGUAAAGUCGACCCUGAAGAACUGGUGGCUCACGUUGACAAAGCAUUGAAACAUGACUGGUUCAGGUUGUGGGCAGGCUGUAAGAUAGUGGAUAAAAUGCCUUUGAAUGGGACUGGAAAAAUCCUCAAGAGAAAAUUACGUGAUAUGGUUUUAUCUGGUGAAAACGAUAUAACUGAUAAUGAUUUGGUUCUCAAUAAUCUCUAUAAUUACAAUAUAUUUCGGAAAUAUAAAGAUGCUUUAACUAGUCAAAAAAUUAGAGGAUAUAGAGUUCUAAUAGCUGUUAGAGAAGUUAAUUAUAAUUCAUACGAUAUCGCAUCUUAUCAAUUAUCUAUUUUGCUCCAAACAGUGAUACAAAAUAUGUACCACGAAAUCUACUGCGGAAAUUUAGAGGACAUCGCCGAUAAGUAUCUGAGUGCCGAUAUGAUAUGCAGUGAUUCAUUCAGAAAUACCAAAACAGCUGUUGAAAGUAAUCCAUUUUUAUUGAUUGAAAAUUCCAGGCAAUAUCACAAAAUGCAUGAUGAUCACGAGUAUAUCAUCAAAAUGCCAGAUGAAGAUUCCGUACCAGAACAUGGGGUAGGCUAUGAAAUUUUCCACAACAUGAAACUGCGUAGGAACGAAAUAGCUCAGUUCAUGGUUGAAACCAAUGAAUCAGUCACGUUUGGUGAGCUGUUAGAUGUUUCAACGAGGGUAGCUAUAAACCUGAAGAAGUUGAAUCUGUCUGAAGAAGAUAUAGUAGGAAUAUGCUGUGGAAGUGAUAAAUACACUUGCGUUCCCUACAUAGCUGGUCUAUUCAAUGGAAAUAUAGUUACAGCCUUGGAUCCAUUAGUUGUUCCCCAAGAAAAGGCACUCAUGCUACGCAAGGUCACGCCAAGAAUAUUAUUUGUGGACGAAGAGAACCUAGAGAUCAUAGAGGAAAGUUUAAGAAUCGCAGAACUGAAUAUAAAACUAGUUGUUUUUGGUGACAACACCAAAGGAUAUAUUUCAUUUGAAAGUUUAUUGGAAGCUACACAAAAGGAGAUUGGAGAAUUCGAACCAGUUACUAUAGAUGAUAACCAACGGACAGCUUCAAUUUUUUUCAGUAGCGGAACGACAGGGGUACCUAAGGGUAUCUGCAUCUCACAUUUGAGCAUUUUGGCACGUAGUGGUGGCUUUUCUAUACCCGUUACCUUACUACUAUCUGCACCUAAUUGGAUUUCAUAUAUUUUGAUGGCACUAAGGACUCUGAGGGAAGGAGGAGCAAGGGUUAUUCUCAAAGAGUUUGAUUUCAGUAAAAUAUGGAGGCUUAUAGAGAAGUAUAAAAUCAACCUGGCAUUUCUAUCAGUUUAUCAAUCUUGCCAACUGAUGAAGCAUCCGAUUGACGACGACAUCGAUAUUUCUUCGUUGAGUUUGCUCGUGAUAGGUGGAUCAGCUCUAGCUCCCGAACUGUUGUCAAGAUAUAAAGCAGUCCUUCCAAAUGUUUAUAUUCUUCAAGCUUAUGGGCUGACGGAAGCAUGUGGCCCUUCGUUGAUAUUUGACUUGGGUAUAGCUGAACAUCGAGAAUUCGCUAAAAAUAAACCAGACAGCUGUGGUUGUCCGAUACCAGGAGUCUGGUAUAAGGUGGUAGAUCCAGAAACUGAGGAAAUUCUGGGACCCAAUAAGCCAGGUGAACUUAGAAUAAAAUCCAGAUAUUCCAUGACAGGCUAUUACAAAGAAGACUCCUCAAGAGACUUUGAUUCAGAUGGCUAUUUUAAAACUGGAGAUAUUGUGCGGUACGAUGAAGACAGAUGCUUUUAUGUUGUCGACAGAUUGAAGGAGAUGGUUAAAUAUCGGUCCUUUGCCUGGAGCCCUUCAGUCUUUGAAAAUGUUUUAAUCACCCACCCGUGUGUUGAAAUAGCUGCAGUUGUUGGGAUUCCACACAUAGAAGAUGGUCAUCUUCCGAUGGGUGUUGUGAAAUUGAAGAAAAAUUGCGAGGUUGAUCCAGAAGAAUUGGUGCGAUACGUAGACAAUGUUUUGAUAGAUGGCAGAAAGACUUUGGCAGCUGGAGUUAAAGUUGUGGAUGAUCUGCCUCUGACUGGAAGUGGAAAAGUUCAUAAGAAGAAAUUGCUUAGUAUGGUUUUGAAUGGAGAAUUAUAGAAUUUGUGAUGCAAAUUGCUUUCUUCGAAUAAACGAAAGUAUUUUGUU